AUGGGCACAUUUACGAUACCGUACUUCUUACGGGCCGCAAUCUGGGAUAAAAAGGGUUACUGGAUUGCAUCGAUCCCUGCCAUAUAUAUCGGUCGAUGCUGGGAAAGUGCUGGCUAUGCAAAAGUGGAAAUGAUGAAGGAAGACGAAAAGCUAGCCGAAGAGCGUCUUGUGAGUUUAUAUCCGCGAGCAGAACUCAGGCGUCUUCCACGGUUGUGGAAUAAAAACGACAAAUAUCAUUUCUUGGAUAUAUCACACAAUUCCUUGAGAGUCAGUUACAAAGGCAAUGGGAAGCAGCAACAGAAAGACGCAGCGUCAACUCGCGCUGACUAUCCUAUUCCUCCACAAUGUGGUGUCUAUUAUUUCGAGAUCACUAUUGUUCGUGGAUUGAAAGGCUGUAUGGGUGUCGGUGUAUGUGGGAAAUCUGUCAAUCUGAAUAGAUUACCUGGAUGGGAUCGAGACUCGUAUGGUUACCAUGGCGAUGACGGGAAUUUCUUCUCGUCGUCUGGCAAUGGUGUCUCAUAUGGACCAAAAUUCACUUCUGGCGACGUAAUUGGUUGUGGAGUGAAUUUAGUAAACAGAACUAUAUUCUUCACAAAAAACGGUGUUCAUUUAGGUAUAGCUUCUCGAGAGUUGACGCAUAUUGAUGACCUUUAUCCCACUAUUGGUUUGCAAACCACCGGAGAAGUCGUGGACGCCAAUUUUGGUCAGCGACCGUUCCGUUUCGAUAUUCGCCCGGAAAUGGAGGCUGCUAGAGCGAAAGUCGCCAAUGAAAUUCUCUCCAUUCAACUUCCUCCUGAAAAGACCGAUUGGAUGAAUAGGCUUGUAUCAUCAUGGAUGGCUUGCGAGGGAUAUAGUAAAUCCAUGGCAUCCUUUUGUAAUGCCGCUAAAUUGGUACCAGACGAGGGUGAGCAAAGCAUUGAAACUCGUAAAGAGAUUAUUGCGUUGGUGUUGUCGCGGCGCAGUGCAGAAGCGAUCGCUCGCAUGGAGGAUGCUUAUCCGGAUAUUUUUGUUCUCAAUAAAAAUAUCGCUCUUGUUUUGAAGUGUCAACAGUUUGUUGAAAUGGCUGCAGAAAUUGCACGUGUGGAUUCUUUGUCGAAGCCCGCACCGAUAUCGAGUUCAAAUGGUCAGUCGAUGCCAUCAUCAUCCGCAGUGACGCCGCGAACAACUCACUCCUAUCCUUCGAAUCCUCAUAAGCGAUCUUAUGGUAAGUACGUAGAUUCUCACUCGGAGGACAUUGAAGCCCCACCAGCGAGACGAACACCACCUUCUAGUGCGGGCGAUGUCAACGUUCACACCGGUAUGCAAGUAGAUGAAGAUGAACCAUGCUGUUCGUCCACAACACUUCUGCCCGAGCGUAACGGUGGAGCUAUGGCCGACAUAAAGAAUGGAACUGGUCCCGAAACUGCUGAUGGAGGUUCCGUUGAUGAUGGCGUGAUCAUGAGUGGAGAUGGAAGUACUACUAUAGUCGAAGAGGAGUUCACGGAAGAUGAUGAAGAUAUCGAGGUGGAGAAUGGUGUAAAACGUGCUGAAGAAGAAGCUAGAAUUGCACAGGAAUAUCAAAAGUUCAAUGAUCUUAUUGAGUUUGGUCGGUCUAUCCAUACCUUAUCGCUACAGGUUCCGAAUAUGAGUGGAUCAUCGAAGACUCUUUUGAAUGACGCGUUAGCAACGAUAUGUAUCGUGGAUUAUUCUGAAUUCGAGUCGCAUCCUCUUUUAAGCGAAGAGCAUCUGAAAGACUUGGCUAAGCAGACUGCAGCUGCAAUACUAGAAUUUGGUGGUCGAAGCUCUAUGUCCCAAUUGUCUCGUUAUAUACACCUAUGGAUCAAAAUGCAAACAGAACUCACUAAUGCCAUGGUUCCACAUUGUGCAUUUACGGAUCUGUCACAACUGGUGUUCGGCAAUACUAAUCUCUUGGCAAAUUCUGGUGGAGGGUCAACAGCAACAACUCAGGACGAUUCAGCUAUGGUCGUGGGAUAA